AUGCAGGAGGGGAGUGCCGGCUCCGGGACCAAAAGCGGAUGGAAGGAAGCGGAGCGGUGCCGGGCGGGCAGGGCAGGACCCGCCAGUAGAAUAAAUGCUGCUGAAACAUUUCUGACCUACAAUUUUCCAGAAAUCCCCAAGCUGAGCGCUACCUCAAGGAUGCUUGAUCACACCAGGCCUGUUUCUGCCUCCCUGGAGCACAGAUUUGUUCCAGAAGAGGUUUUCCGCAGCCUGGCCUGCGCCAGCGGGUCUCUCUACAGCCCAAAGAGCUUACAGUCCCCGCAAACCACCAAAACCCCAGCGGGCUUCAGGGGCUGCCUGCAACCCCCAGAUCGGCUUUGGCAUUAUCCUAAUCGUCGGAGCAAGUUCAGACACCUGACAGACCACCCUGUCAGUUUGACAGGCGCUGGAAGGGAUGUCUCUUACCUGUGUGACGUUGCGGCUGGCCAAGAAGCUAAGAAAGCGGCGGCUGGCCAAGAAGCUAAGAAAGCGAUGCCCGGCAGAAGCUCUUUUUCUGAGGGUCAUCAGGAGCUGAGAGGGAGCCGUGGUACAGUCCCACGUACUCCCCAAGUGACCCUGGCAGAUACUCUGGUUCCCAAGGAAUUUCACAUCGUGAAGAACAGGGGAGUUUUGCCCUUGAAGUACUUCGAUGGUAAAUACACAACGCUGCUUGAAGACCGUGAAAAGAAACUACGGCUGUUCCCAUCCAUGAAACCUUCUGGGAGGUUAGAGGUCAUCCAGCUGAUGGAGGUGAUGGACAGCAUGUUGGAAAAAGCUGGAGUAGACAAGCUAAUCAGAGUAACAGGACCUUCACAGCUGCACAAUGCUCUGGAGCUGAUGAAGGCGGAGCAGAACAUCUACAACAUUGUUUUCCAUGAGCUGAUUCGGCAGGUCAGCGUGGACUGCAUGGAGAGAGGACAGCUGCUUUCAAAGCUCAGGCAGAGGUACGUGGGUCUCAUGGAGCGGGUUCCUGAACAGAUGAAGACUCUCUAUAAAAACAUGAUGGCACAGCGGGUGGUCAACAGACACAUUACAGAAGAACUACUUUAUUUUAAAGAAUCUGUUGGACAGCUGGCCAGCGAGCUGUGUGAGGUACAAGAACAUGACCGCAAGGUGACCAAAGAAGCAGAAAACACUCAAGAGGAGCUAGCUGCAGCCACGCGGGGGGCUAAGGCAAAUGUAAACCUUUUGGAAGAGUAUCGGGAGUUAUACGAGUUACAGAGAGGACGACUGGAAGAGCAAGUUCUGCUGGUAGCCCAAGAGAGAGAUGUUUGGAGCUCGGCAGCAUAUGACCUGGCUCUGAAGAUAAUAGACAGAAACCGGCUCACAUUGGUUCGCAAGCUUCAUGUUAGCGGAAACACACUGAUCAACGUUCUCAAGCAUUUCAUAGUCCUCUUGGCCUCAAAGGACACGGGAGACCUGGCUGAUCUGCAGGAAGAGACUGAGCAGUUCAGGGAGAGAUUGGGUCAUAUUGGAGCAGAAAUAGAGCGUUCCGAGGCGUCCAGCCAGGGGAAACUGCAAACUGUCUACAGCAGCCUCAACAAAUGGCUUCAAUACUUCCAUUGCAGUGACUUCUCCUCUCCAGUGAAUGAAAAACUACGAGAUGAAAUCCUACAAGAUAUCAAGAACAUGAUAAACAUACUAAAAGCAGACCUGCAGCAGUAUGGCGGGGAGGCACACCUGAGAAAGACAGAAAGUCUGAGGAGCGCUGCCAGCCUGCAGGAGCACUGGACGGAGCUGGGACAAACGGUGCUGAAUCGACACCGGGAUUUUGCUGGAGCAUUGCCUCCGCAGCACGCUGCCCUGGAAGAAAUAAACCAAAGGGCCUGUCAAUUCUACCAGCAAUACAACAUAAGGAUAAGUGGGAAUCACGGAACUGCUAGGUUUUUGACAGCCUUGGUGAAAAGUAUGGAAGAUUGGUUAUUCGAGGUGCAAAAGCUGAAGAGAGGUUCUGGCACGCACAAAGCUGAGCUGAGGGCAUUUUAUCACAAGAUUCCUGUGUGGCUGGCCCAGGCGACUGCAGUGAUGAGCUGUAUAGGCUCCAGCACGUUGGAUGAAGCUGAGAGUGAUGAGAAACCACAUUUCCCGGUGGUACCUAGGGAAUUUUUUAAGAUGAUUCAGCAAUGGGUUCUGUCCACGAAUAAUGAGGUUGAGAAGAGCAUCACACAUCUUAAUGAAAAAGUGACUGAACUGCACCAAAACCUGACCCUGUGGCUGGUGAAUUUGCUGAGACACAUGACAGCAGACCGCUUGUCCUGGGAGCGUCCCCAGUGGCAAGAGUCAGACACUGAGACUGAUGAGGAGCUCAGGCUUCUGGAGGCUCGUAAGCUACAGCAUAGAGCUGAGGAGCUUGUUGCAGAGAUGGGCAGACUCUCUGGCUCUAUAGUCAGCUCCUGCUGUGAUAUUGUCAAUGCAAUCGUUCGAAAGAAACGGUCUGAAAGGGAUUUAGAAGCUGAUUUUGAGCUGGAGGAGCUGAAUAAGAUCGAGACUGAGUAUUGUAAUUGGAUUCAAGUGUGUAGCCUUCUCCUUUCAGAGAUCAAAGGCACUCCAGUCUCCUUUCUGGAUUUAGAAAAACUGAGAAAUCUAUUUGGAUCGGAGCAGCCAGGUGCUGGUAUGGGUUAUGUGACUGAGGACAAAGAAGCUACUGCAGACAUGAUCAGAUAUGUAGGACAUGACUCCAACGUCCACCUGAAGUCUCUGAAGUCAGACGUCGUUUCAGUCACAGGGAGGGAGAUGACUGCCACCAAGCCAUCCACUCCCUUUUCACAGAAAGAGUUUGAAGCCCUCGCAAUGCUGGAACAUCUGCAGGUGCAGCUCCUAGAAACAGAGAUCCGUGCUCAGAAUGCAGAGGAGAGAUCUGAAGGUCUUGAAGAGAAGCUGGAAGAAGCUCUGCAGAGAAUCAAAGAGCUAGAGAGUGAGCUGGAGAAAGAAGUGAAAGUCAUCCCGGAAGCCACACACAAAGAAGGGCAAGAAAAAUAUUUCCAAGAAAGCGUCUCAGAAGUUGGGGCCUGCUCCUCAAGUCCCAAAGCUUCUACCUCUGACCAGUCCAAGGGAUCCAGAAGAAGCGAAUAUUAAAGAACAGCAAUGCCUGAGUAGUUUCUAGUGCUCAUUCAUAGUAGCAUCACAGUCCCAAUCCACUGCCUUACUCCUCAUCCACUACCCCAACAUCUCUGUGCUAUCUCAGCAUUUAUGCUGUUCUUCUAACUUGCUCUUCCACACCUGUCGUCUUUGUCCUCUACCUCCUCCCACAGCUCUAAUAUCCUUACAGCUUGUCUUCCUUGUAAUAUCAUUGCUACUUUGACUUUCUCCUACCCAGAUCUCUCCUGCCUGUGCACCCUCCUCCCUUCCCUUUGCCUUGUGCUUGCCUCCUGUUUGUGUUCAUCGGUCUCUCUUGCUGCUCUAUAUCAUUCUGCCUUAUCCCCGUGGGAUCAUGCAAGUCAGUCGUUUGCAUCUCUUUCUUCUUGUAUCAAGGGGUUUUUUUUCUCAGUGCCAGCAUGGCUUGGUUGUAUAUCCAAUAAUGGGUACCUCCUCCAUCCCCUGGGCUUUAGAUGAUCCAUUUACCAGCUGACUGGUUAGGAAGAAAUUGUACAGAAUUGUAUGGACAAAUCUUUGUUCAUCUUUGAAUCUUCUUCUUUUCAAGGUCUUGUCCUUCUUUCAGAAAGCAGGAAGCAGCCUGAAGCUGUGCAUGAUCCUGAAGGCCUUUCUCAAACUGCUGCCACAGGAGAACUGCCUGUAACCAAGGUCACAAAAUCGGACUUCAGAUGAUGCCAGUUCACCCGCUCAGUGCACUGGGAUGGCAUUUAAAUGCCCCAUCUCUCUGUGAUUUCUGUGUUUGGUAACUGAGCCCCCUAGCUCCCCAUCUGCAGUACCCCUACUGACUCAAUAGUCCGAACUGCCCAGUCAGGUGGCCACCAAUGUCUUCUGCCUCUGUCGGGUCACCAAGCUGGGGCAGUCUGUAUAGUUAUAAAGCUCUCCAAGGCCAACAGAGCUGCCUGGGUUUGGCAUGACUGCAAUUUGACCCUGUCUCAGCUUGGAAGAGCAGGCAGUGAAACUGUCAGGAAUCACAUCGGCUCAGACAACCCCUGCCAACUCCCUCAGAGUAAAUUCUGGUUUGGAAACAUCAUAUAUUCCUAAUCCUGAAGUACGUUUUUAAAUGAUGUUUUCCUUCUGCAAGGUUUUUGAAUGUAAUAUUUCCUGAAGGUAAAAUGCAAGUUUUUGCCAGCUGUGGAUAUGUAAAGGAGAGAAGAUCCUGCUGGAACUGAGGAUGCUCUUAGCUAUAACUUGCCUUUUCCGUAACUGCAGAAAAGUUACAUGUUUGAAAAAGCUAUGCCUGACUUCUGCAAACAUGACUGCAAAUAGGGUAAUGUGUGUGGCCUGAUGUAGUACUGCAUGUCUCUUGACAGUUGUUUCUCAGGCUAAGACUUGUUCUUUUGAGACAUUUUCUGUAGAGAUGUUGGCCCUUGAUGUGCCAAGGGAUCUUGGUCUGGAUGGAUCAUUUUACAUGGAGUUAGAAAUGCACACAGAGAAGCGUUCAAAGAAAGGACCAUCUGCAGCUCACUCUGUGUAGUAUUAUGCCCUUUUGCCCUAGGUUGGGAAACAGGGGGCUACUCCAGCAGCAUGAGAAACAACCAGAACCAGCCUUAGAGAAGUAAUGACACAGCUCAUGUUCGCAAAGUGGAAGAUUACAGAGCUGUUCCACUUCCCAGAGCUAGUUUUCCAUGAGUGGAUCACUACUGAGAUCUAUUACAGACACAUAAGGAGGAGCCUUUCUCCUGAGAGGACUGCAGCGGCAGAAUGAUUUAGAUGUGAGGUUACACCUGGAGCACAAAUCCUUGUGUGAUCACUGAGAAGUUCACAAGUGGA